GCUAAAAGUACAACGCUAGAGCGUUUAAAAUUUCAGGUAGUCAUUUUUGCUGAUCUUUGGACAAUAAAUAGAGGAAAGGAUAUUGCCAGAGGAGUGUAUCAGGAGAUUUUCAGCCAAAGAGAUACGUUCAAGCAAUGUCUGGAUUCUUUUGACAUAUGUAUUCGCCCCGAGUGAGGCCAGGGAAGGACCAGGCCGCCGACCGCUACGCCAUGAUGGAGGGAGGCAUGCAGCUGCUGAGCCGCGACGGCCACAGCAUCUCCCACAAUUCCAAGCGGCACUACCACGACUCCUUCGUCUCCAUGAACAGGAUGCGGCAGCGCAGCCUGCUCUGCGACAUCGCGCUGCACGUGGGCAGCAAGGAGAUCAAGGCGCACAAGGUGGUGCUGGCCUCCUGCAGCCCCUACUUCCACGCCAUGUUCACAAAUGAGAUGUCAGAAAGCCGCCAGACCCACGUCACGCUCCACGACAUCGACCCGCAGGCGCUGGAGCAGCUGGUGCAGUACGCCUACACUGCCGAGAUCGUGGUGGGCGAGGGCAACGUGCAGACGCUGCUGCCCGCGGCCAGCCUCCUGCAGCUGAACGGCGUGCGGGACGCCUGCUGCAAGUUCCUCCUCAGCCAGCUGGACCCCUCCAACUGCCUGGGCAUCCGCGGCUUCGCCGACACGCACUCCUGCAGCGACCUGCUCAAGUCCGCCCACAAGUACGUGCUGCAGCACUUCGUGGAGGUCUCCAAGACCGAGGAGUUCAUGCUGCUGCCCCUCAAACAGGUCCUGGACCUGAUCUCCAGCGACAACCUGAACGUCCCGUCAGAGGAGGAGGUGUACAGGGCGGUGCUCAGCUGGGUCAAACACGACAUCGACGGCCGUCGGCAGCAUGUGCCCAGACUGAUGAAGUGCGUGCGGCUGCCGCUGCUGACGCGGGACUUCCUGAUGAGCCACGUGGACACGGAGAUGCUGGUGCGGCACCACUCGGAGUGCAAGGACCUGCUGAUCGAGGCCCUCAAGUACCACCUGAUGCCCGAGCAGAGGGGCGUGCUGAGCAACAGCCGCACCCGGCCGCGCCGCUGCGAGGGGGCCAGCCCCGUGCUCUUCGCCGUCGGGGGGGGCAGCCUGUUCGCCAUUCACGGAGACUGCGAGGCCUAUGACACCCGCACAGACCGCUGGCACAUGGUAGCGUCCAUGUCAACGCGGCGGGCACGGGUGGGCGUGGCCGCCAUCGGGAACAAACUGUACGCAGUUGGAGGGUAUGACGGCACCUCCGACUUGGCCACUGUUGAGUCGUACGACCCCGUGACCAACUCCUGGCAGCCGGAGGUCUCCAUGGGAACGCGGCGCAGUUGCCUGGGCGUGGCCGUCCUGCACGGCCUGCUGUACGCUGCGGGAGGUUACGACGGCGCCUCCUGUUUGAACAGCGCCGAGCGGUACGAUCCCCUGACCGGAACCUGGACCUCCAUCGCUGCCAUGAGCACCCGGAGGAGAUAUGUUCGCGUGGCCACACUGGAUGGCAACCUGUAUGCUGUUGGUGGAUAUGACAGCUCUUCACACUUAGCAACGGUAGAAAAAUAUGAUCCACAGAGCAACGCCUGGACGGCCAUCGCCAACAUGCUCAGCCGCAGGAGCAGCGCGGGCGUCGCCGUGCUGGAGGGCAUGCUCUACGUUGCCGGCGGCAACGACGGGACCAGCUGCCUGAACUCGGUGGAGAGGUACAACCCCAAAAGCAACACUUGGGAGAGCGUAGCGCCCAUGAACAUUCGCAGGAGCACCCAUGACCUGGUGGCGAUGGACGGCUGGCUGUACGCGGUGGGCGGCAACGACGGCAGCUCCAGCCUCAACUCCAUCGAGAAGUACAACCCGCGCAGCAACAAGUGGGUGGCGGCCUCCUGCAUGUUCACCCGCCGCAGCAGCGUGGGCGUGGCCGUGCUGGAGCUGCUCAACUUCCCCCCGCCCUCCUCCCCUACCCUCUCCGUCUCCUCCACCAGCCUUUGACAAAGAGCCCCGCCCCGCCACGCCCCCGGCCCCGCCCGGACGCCCAGCC